UUCUUCCAUCUCCUCCACACACUAAACAUUGCCUUAUCUCUUUCGCAGCCUUUGAGCAAUUCCAAAAUCACCAAAUUUCUCUACCCAUUGCCCAAAUGCCUGCUUUAUCUUUACUACCGUCGCCAUUUCUCUGUCACCUUCACAAUCAAAACCUAUCAGACCAGUACCUUCAUUACCGCUAAUGGCUUCUAGACCUAUAUAUCCUCUUACGGUUCCACGAUUUCGACAUGCAUCGUUCAAAAGACCAUUCCUUUAUUCGUCUCUAGUUUCAUGCCCCUCUGCUUCCAGGCUUCAGUUGAUCGAUUAUGCUGGAAGUAAGCUCUUUGUUGGGGGAAGGUUUUUGGCUCUCUUUCCUAAGGCUACUGUCGAUCAGUCAGGUCCAAGAAGAUGAAUUAGAUGACAGUAAGAUCUUACCCUAUUGCAGCAUCAAUAGGAAGGAGAAGAAGUCUCUGGGCGAGAUGGAACAAGAAUUUCUUCAAGCAUUACAAGCAUUCUAUUAUGAAGGGAAGGCAAUCAUGUCAAAUGAAGAAUUUGAUAACCUGAAGGAAGAGUUAAUGUGGGAAGGAAGCAGUGUUGUCAUGCUAAGUGCUGAUGAACAGAGAUUUUUGGAAGCUUCAAUGGCAUAUGUUGCUGGGAAACCAAUUGUGUCAGAUGAAGUGUUUGACAAACUAAAGAUGAAACUUAAGAUGGAUGGUAGUGCUAUUGUGGUUGAGGGUCCACGUUGCAGUCUUCGCAGUAAGAAGGUUUACAGUGACCUUUCAGUUGAUUAUCUGAAGAUGUUCUUACUUAAUGUCCCUGCUGCUGUUGUAGCCCUGGGAUUGUUUUUCUUCCUUGAUGACUUGACUGGAUUUGAAAUCACUUACCUUUUGGAGCUUCCAGAACCUUUUGGUUUUAUCUUUACAUGGUUUGCAGCUUUGCCUUUAAUUCUUUGGCUGUCAUUCUCAAUCACAGGAUUCAUUGUUAAAGAUUUCCUUAUAUUAAAGGGUGAAACUCUCAUUUUCAGGGCCCCUGUCCGAACUGUGGUACAGAAAACACCUCAUUUUUUGGUACUAUACUGUCCGUAUCUAGUGGUGGUUCCAGCAACAACGUGAAGUGCUCCAAUUGCGGAACAGAGAUGGUAUUUGAUUCACGUACACGCCUGAUUACACUCCCUGAAGGAAGUGCUGCAUAAAUAGUAGGAAAGUGGAGCAGAUAUUUCGAGCGAAGGGGAAAUAUGUUUAGAAUUUGAAACAUGUUUUUAUUUUAGUUGCAGAUAUUUGCACAAGGGAUAAGACAAACGCUAGUGGUGCAACAGACAAUUUUAUGUAGUUGGAUCGAUGUAUGUGAUAUUAGAUAUUCUUAUAUGGUUUUUAAUCUUUUUAUGUAUAUGCUUCAAUCUUGUAGCUCAGAUAUCUCCAAUCUCCAUACAAUCUCAUGUUUUAGUUUGAAGUAAGUUCAACCUUCAUUAUGUUUUUUGUAUUCAACCUUGAAGUAAAUAUCAUAUUUAAAUGUGGAUAGGGUUCCACACAGGACCAAUAUUUGCUCCUGUGGACCAGAACCAAUAUCCGGCUAUAUAAUGGCUGGUUGCAGUCCUUAAUUGCUACUAGUAUUCUUUUUGUUGUUUUGUUUCUUUGAUUGCAAGUCGGUUUUGU